AUGGGUAAUUUUAUUCCUUUCGAUGAUAUUAAUCUUAUAAAACAAAUAGAUGAAGGAACAUUUAGUACUAUCGUGCAUUCAGAAUAUAGAAGUAAAAGAAUUUAUGUUGCAGAAACUGCACGAUGGGCUGCUCCUGAACACAUUAACGGAAGGCAAAAUAUAGACGAAAAACUCUCAGAUAUUUAUAGCUGUGGAUUGGUUAUGUGGGAAAUUGCAAUGAAUGGUAAAAUACCCUAUGAAGACAUAGAAGAUUUUGAUAAACUAAAAAAAGCAAAGGUUUCUGGUGACAAUGAAUAUUUGAUUAAAGAACUUGAAGAUAAAGAUGCACCUGGCAAAUUAAGAAAGCUUAUAAAAGGUUGCUGCGAUUCAGAUCCCGACAAGAGAUUAAGUUUGGCAGAAGUUAAAUUUGGACUAGAAACCUUGUACUCCGAAAAAUAUCGAGAAAAACAGAAGAGAAACAUAAACAAAAUUGUAUCUGAAAUUAAAAACGAAAAAAAUUUGAAAGAGUACGAUCAUGAAAACUUUAAAGACAUUGAAGACAUUCAAGGCCUGUCGAAUAUUUCAGACGAAUUAAGUGAAAUCAAACGUGCUUGUUUGAAAACUAAUGAUAAGCACGUUGUCCUCAAAAUUUUAAAACAUGAAGAUAUAUAUUUAACAGAGAAGUAUGUUGCUAUAAAAAUUUUUAAAGAAAUUGACUCCAAUGAAAACGUGAUCAAAUUUUUGGGGGUUUCCAAAGGCUUUUAUAAGAAUUUUUACUCUGUAGUUCUUGAGUAUUGUGGUGAAAACAACUUAAGCCAAGUUUUGAAAGAAGUAUCAAAAAAAGAUUGGAUUUGUAAGAUAAAUAUGGCUAAAGGCCUUGCCAAUGGCUUAAAAUUUGUUCAUGCUGAGAAAAUUAUACUUUGCAACUUGAGCUCAAAAAACAUAAUAAGUCAUAAUGAUAAAUUAGUCAUUGCAGAUUUUAGCUCAGCUAUGUCUCCCAACAGUAAAACAAAACCUACUAUCAAAAUUACUUCCGAAAAUGUUGCUUAUGUGGACCCGAAUAGUUUUAAUCAUACCAAUAAAUUUAACGAAUCUUCUGAUAUUUACAGCCUAGGGGUGAUAUUAUGGGAGAUAUCAAGUGGUAGACCAGCUUUUUUUAAUCACGAACUAGAUAUAGACAAGCUUAAAGAAUCUCUUAUACGUGGUAAAAGAGAAUCACACAUCAAUUUUACUCCUGUAGAUUUCAUAGAACUUUAUAGUGAUGCAUGGAAUAAGAAUAACCGUCCGCAAAUUAGGGAUGUUAUCAGUUGUCUUGAUGAAAUUGAUCUUGAUUUU